AGUCGCUUCUACGUCUUUUGGGGGACGGUUGGGUUUGUUAUGUAGUCUUCGAACGCAAGCUCCAAACGAACGGAUGGAUAGCUUUAGUGUGCGAUAUCGUUGUUGUAUCUUUUUGGUCUUCGGUCGGUUGACUAUUUUAUAGUCAUCUUUCGCGCGUGCUUAUCUCAUAAUACGCGAAUCGGAAAGUGGGACAAUAUUAAAGCACGGCGUUGUUGUAUAAACAGGAUACCCGAUAUAGUGCGCCUUCGAGGCGACACCCCCCGGCUGAAAAGUGGGGGUGCCAUUUCCGGUCCACGGAAGGGAAAAGUACUAGGGAUUUCGAAAAUUGCAGCUGAUUGACACGACCCAAUCAUGAUUCCCAUCGCACCGAUCCAAUUUUCCGAUCUUCGUUCCAGGUUGCGCGUAUUCGACUCGCCAGCAGGGAUGACCGAUUCCAAGUACUUUACCACCACCAAGAAGGGGGAGAUCUUCGAGCUGAAGUCGGAGCUCAAUAAUGACAAAAAGGAAAAGAAAAAGGAAGCCGUCAAGAAGGUCAUCGCCAGCAUGACGGUCGGCAAGGACGUUUCGGCGCUGUUUCCGGACGUCGUCAACUGCAUGCAGACAGACAAUCUGGAGCUGAAAAAGCUCGUCUAUCUGUACCUGAUGAACUACGCCAAAUCGCAACCGGACAUGGCCAUCAUGGCCGUCAACACGUUUGUUAAGGAUUUGCCACAUUCUCAACUCGUUAAGGACUGCGAGGACACGAAUCCGUUGAUUCGAGCGUUGGCUGUCCGCACGAUGGGCUGCAUCCGAGUGGACAAGAUCACCGAAUAUCUGUGCGAACCGCUACGCAAAUGUCUCAAGGACGAGGAUCCAUACGUGCGCAAAACGGCAGCCGUCUGUGUGGCCAAGCUGUACGAUAUUUCCAGUUCAAUGGUCGAAGAUCAAGGUUUCCUGGAUCAGCUGAAAGACCUUCUGUCGGACUCGAACCCAAUGGUGGUGGCAAAUGCCGUGGCUGCUCUGAGCGAAAUCAAUGAAGCUUCGGCCAGUGGUCAACCGCUGGUGGAGAUGAAUUCGGCAACGAUCAACAAGUUGCUCACGGCCCUCAAUGAAUGUACCGAGUGGGGUCAAGUAUUUAUUCUGGAUUCGUUGGCUAACUACACCCCGAAAGACGAACGGGAGGCACAAUCCAUCUGCGAGCGUAUUACUCCACGAUUGGCUCACGCAAAUGCCGCUGUUGUGUUAAGUGCCAUCAAGGUUCUGAUGAAAUUGUUGGAAAUUUUGGCAUCGGAUAGCGAUUUCUGCGCUAUGUUGACGAAAAAGUUGGCACCUCCGUUGGUCACCCUGCUGAGUUCGGAACCCGAGGUGCAAUAUGUAGCUCUCCGCAAUAUUAAUCUGAUCGUUCAAAAGCGUCCUGAUAUAUUGAAACAUGAGAUGAAGGUAUUCUUCGUCAAGUACAAUGAUCCAAUCUACGUAAAGUUGGAAAAGUUGGACAUCAUGAUCCGGCUGGCCAACCAAAGCAAUAUUGCUCAGGUGUUGAGCGAAUUGAAAGAGUACGCUACUGAAGUGGACGUUGAUUUUGUACGGAAAGCUGUUCGCGCCAUUGGUCGUUGCGCUAUUAAGGUCGAGCCAUCCGCUGAGCGUUGUGUGUCUACCCUGCUUGAUCUGAUUCAGACCAAGGUCAACUACGUUGUUCAAGAGGCUAUCGUUGUCAUCAAGGAUAUUUUCCGCAAAUAUCCAAAUAAGUAUGAAAGCAUCAUCAGUACACUCUGUGAGAAUUUGGACACUUUGGAUGAACCGGAAGCUCGUGCUUCUAUGGUUUGGAUCAUUGGAGAAUACGCCGAGCGUAUCGAUAAUGCCGAUGAGCUUUUGGAUAGUUUCCUGGAAGGAUUCCAAGACGAAAACGCACAGGUACAACUCCAACUGUUGACAGCCGUUGUUAAACUUUUCUUGAAACGUCCAGCCGAUACUCAAGAGCUGGUUCAGCAUGUACUCUCGUUGGCUACCCAAGAUUCUGAUAAUCCCGAUCUUCGCGAUCGUGGCUUCAUCUAUUGGCGUCUGCUAUCAACGGAUCCGGCCGCCGCAAAGGAAGUUGUCCUAGCAGAUAAGCCACUCAUCUCGGAGGAAACUGAUCUCCUAGAACCCACUCUUCUCGAUGAGCUUAUUUGCCAUAUCAGUUCUCUGGCAAGUGUUUACCAUAAGCCCCCGACGGCAUUCGUCGAAGGUCGCGGCGCUGGAGUACGCAAGAGCCUUCCGAAUCGGUCGGCUUCUGCAGCAGGAGCGGGCGAAGAUUCAGCUGCACCGGAAGCAACCGUCAUUCCGAAUCAAGAAUCUCUCAUUGGUGAUCUGCUUUCGAUGGACAUUGGAGCUCCAGUAGCACCAGCUGCUCCGGCAGCCAACACCAGUAACGUUGAUCUUCUUGGCGGUGGUCUCGACAUUCUACUUGGAGCAAACGCUGAACCAACCAACAAUGUUCCAGCUAAUAACGCAAGCGGUGCCGGAGGAUUACUUGGAGACAUCUUUGGAAUCGGCUCUGCCAACCCUUCGAAUACUAUCCAGAUUCCUAAGAUUACUUGGCUGCCCGCUGAAAAGGGUAAAGGCUUGGAAAUUCAGGGUACGUUCUCCCGCCGUUCCGGACAAAUUCAUAUGGACAUGACCUUCACCAACAAAGCAAUGCAAGCGAUGACCGGGUUCGCAAUCCAACUGAACAAAAACAGCUUCGGCUUACUCCCAGGUGCUCCUCUGCAAAUUCCUCCGUUGCAACCUUCUCAAAGCACGGAAACCACCCUUCCACUGGCAACCACCGGACCUGUCCAACGUAUGGACCCACUGAACAACCUCCAGGUCGCCAUCAAGAACAACGUAGACAUCCUGUACUUCGCUUGUCUCAUCCAUGGAAACGCCCUGUUCGUCGAGGAUGGUCAACUAGACAAACGGGUGUUCCUCACAACCUGGAAAGAAAUCCCGGCCGCCAACGAGAUCCAGUACAACCUUCACGGUAUCGCCGGCACAGCAGACACGGUCGCCGCUAAAAUGACGGCAAACAACAUCUUUACCAUCGCCAAGCGCAACGUCGAGGGACAAGACAUGCUGUACCAAUCACUCAAACUACCCAACAACAUAUGGGUUCUGCUGGAGCUUAAACUGUCCCCUGGCAGCCCUGACGCUACACUCAGCUUGAAGACACGCUCGGUCGAGGUGGCCCCGAUAAUUUUCGCCGCCUACGAACAAAUCAUUCGGUCACCUUAAGCGGUUUGAAUCCCUGGUGUCGUCGUAGAACGCAUUUCCCUCCUGGAAUUCAUAUUAAGUUUUUCUGCUGGACCCAGUAUCUGUUCUCGCAAAAACUACGCGAAAGCGUACCGAUCACAGGACACAUAAACGUCCUAAUGUAGUAGAAUCCUUUCGUUUAGAAAACAAAAUUUCAUCACGGAAUACAAAAUUAGGAAAUGAAGUUACACAAACGAAAAAAAAUAUUGAAAAAAACUAACUGUUACUAUUAUAUUCGUCUUUGCGCGUAUACACACAGGAGACACAGCAUAAUCUAUUAGGAUCGUUCUGUAGGUUAAGAAAAAUCAUGAACGCGGAUGCUGCGGUUCGUAGAUUGUCCGAUAUUGUGAGUAAAUAUUCAAUCCGAUUACUAUUAUUAUGAUAUGCAACACGCAAACAAAAACAAAACAAUAUUAUGAAAUCUAUAUAAUGACUAUUCUUUACAAAGUGAAAAUAAAUAUGAUAUAACCGAACAA